CUUGCCGGCAUUGCGAGACUGACGGCCGCGCGGAUCGCGUCGUUUGUCGGCCGUUUUACGGAAAGUGGUUCGUAAGUAAAUCGCGCGCGCUACGAAAUUUGAAAAUGCAUAGAGAUUAAACGGUGUAUCUAGUUUUACUUUUUCUUUUAAAAAUGGGAGAACAGGCGUUUAAUAUAUCGGAUGAAAAUUUAGAACAGCAUAUUGUUACUUUGUUUGAGAAAUUGGAGUGUUUACGAAAGGAUGCGAACUCUGGUGAUGGGGGUCUGUCGGGGAGGGUACCGGCGCGGGUGGAAGUGCGGACUCUUUCGUUGUGGAAGGCAGUGGUAGCAGAGUGCGCGGCCUCCUUUCUGUAUGUGUUCAUCGUGUGCGGGGCGGCUGGUGGCGCGGGCGUGGGAGCCUCCGCCUCAGCCGUGCUGCUCUCUACUGCGCUCGCUUCAGGCUGUGCCAUCGCGACGCUCACUCUCUGCUUUGCUAACAUAUCUGGUGCUCACGUGAACCCGGCGGUAUCGGCAGCGCUAUGCGUGCGCCGGCGCGUGUCCCCGCUCCGAGCUGCGCUGUACGUCGCCGCGCAGUGCGGCGGGGCCAUCGCAGGCGCAGCCGCUAUUUAUGGAAUUUUCACCGCAGCGAGUGUCAGUGUGCCAGGGUAUGCCGGUGGACUGUCGGCGUCUCUGCCAGGUGGUGGCAGCGUGACGGGCGCAGCAUGGGAGCGACUCGGAGCGGAGCUGGUGCUGUCGGCACUGGUGGCCGCCGCCUACUUCGCAGCCAUGGAGCGGCGCUGGACGGGAGCUGCACCGGCACUGCUGGGCGCUGCCUACUGUGCUGCUAGCUUCGUCUCUAUGCCGUCACUGAAUCCAGCUAGAUCGCUAGGACCGUCAUUCGUAUUGUCUCGCUGGGAGAGCCACUGGGUGAGCUGGGUGGGAGGACUGGGAGGCGGUGUGGCCUCCGCGCUGCUGCACGAGUGGGGCGGCCGACGAGCAAGGGGCGCAUCAUCACGUGCCUCGUCUCCUCGAGACCUGGACGAGCUCGACAAGCCCGCCUUCCCUUCGCAUCACCACUACCGCCACGCUCCCACGUACUGCGCCGCAGCCCCGCGCCCUGAUACCGCCGAGCCGCUCUACUCCGGCACCAAAUCACUCUACUGUCGUUCACCUCCACCUGCCAGGCAUGGCUUGCAUAGAUCGCAGUCAGUGUACAGUAAGGGUAGCUCCGCCACAAGUGGGGCAGCCAGCAGUGCUGCGGCCACCAGUGCAGUGGGCGGGGGCCCGCUUGUUGCGGCCACGUCGCUAGUGCUGCGCCCACCCACACAUACACACGCUCAUCACGCUCUAGCACAUAACCAGAAUGCCCACAACGCCCAACGAGAUCCUCCGUACGGCACAGCCAACGGUGUUCGCCCAGGACCAGCAGGAGCAGCCGUAAACGAGAGGCGUGAGUCAGUAUACAGUGGGAGCGUGGGCGGCACGAGCGCUAGUGGCGCGUCGAUGGGUGCGAGCGGCGUAGGCGGAGCGCGGCGGGACGACGCGUACGGCACGUACUCGCGCGCGCCGCACUACCGCUCCGCGCACGCACAGCACGCGCUACCCGACCACUACUAGCGACGCGCCGAGCAGCACAAUAUAGCGCUGCUCUUCGACGUUUGAAGCCAUAGGACCAUACACCCAGUGAGGAUCACGUCACUCUAGGAGGACUGCCUACUGUCAUUAGCUCACUGCACAGGACAGUGCCACGCGGCUAGAUCACAGCCUGUGACCAAAACUACACGAGUGUGUGAUUGAGUACAUUGAAAUACACAAGGACUUGUCAAAUCAGUAGCUCGGUGAUAUAAAUUAUAAAUAAUUAAAAUAUUUCUAAAAAUAUAGACCGAAUUGUUAUGGUCGUAUUGUUAAAUCUAUGUAUGCUGAGUAAAUUGUUUAAAUAGGGAUUAAAUUGUUCAAUAUGCUGAGAAGCGUGCUGAAAUCCAUUUUCAUAUUUACAUAAUUAUUAACAUUGGUAUUCAAUAUUGUGAUUCAAAACGUGUUACAAAAAUAAGGAGUAAGUUGUAUAAUAUCUAGAUUGGAUUUAUAAACAGUUUGAUGAAAAGUAUUGUAAAAGUUUUAAUGACUUUUUUAAAUUAAAUCUCUACUUAAUCUACAAUUUUUAGAAAAGUAAUAUCGGUCUACAAUAAUAUACAACAUGUUAAAAAUAAUUGAUAUAUAUAUAAGUGCGUUUACGUUUGGCACGUAGGUAGUGGUUCCCUUAAAACAUUUCUGUAAAUUCUUAAGAAUUUUAUAACACAUAAUUUUUUUUAUCAAAAUCUUAUUUCGCUAAACGGACCAAAACUCUGGCCAACCACACAAGUGCAUAAGAGCUGACUUACUUAUAAACGUAUUUAUAAAUCGAAUUAACUUUACGAAACAAUUUUUACGCUUUACCAAAUUACGUUUACGAAAGUAAUUUAAUUGUGAGUGACUUUGUAAAAAAAUAUUAGGUAUAUGUAUACAAAAAAAGUUAAUAAAGUGAAAUGUAAAAUUUGUUUAUUUUAAGGGUUCUGUCAACUGUGUUUAUUCCCACUUUACAUUACAUGUAUUUACCCGAUAGCAUAAGUUGCAUACAUGAGAAUAACAAUAUAUGUUUAUCCACAAAUUGACCAAAUUCCAAUAACGUCAUAAAAAAAGUAAAACAAAAAACAAAUUUAAGAAAAAAAUUUUUCGUAAAAUUGUUUCGACUUUAGUGUUUAAUAUAUUUAUAUUUAAUCGCGGACAAACAUACAUAUAUUCUUCUUUUUUCAAAGUCUGUUAAUAAAAAGGUAUUAAGUGCCAUAUUAUAUAUAUAUGUACUAACAUCAUAAAUUCUUUUUCCAUGUUGUUCAAAUAAAUCAUGGAAACGUAUUAUAUAUAAAUUAUAUAAUUAUAUAAUACUCCUAUAUAUAGUUAAUUAAAAGACUUAAUAGUUUUGUUAAGUAGGUAUGUUAGUAUGUAAUUAAUUAGAUUGUAAAUAGUAUGUACCUUACUAAAUAAUUCACCAAAUGAAAAUAUAAUUAUCUGUUAUUCAUUGAAAUGUAACGGGUCUCAUUUAUUGUAAAGUAAUUUUGACUUAUAGUAUAAGUACCUAAUUCCUUGUAUGUAAAGUAUUUCUAAAACUUAUCGUUUAGAUUGUAAAAUAUUUUCCAGGGCCUCUAGCCAAACCCCACUUUAGCGCUUGUCUACAGAGAGAGUAGAAAUCAAAAU